AUUUGUCUUUGACGGUGUAAAGGCAAGGAAUAAAAAAAAAAGCAUUAGAUUUGCUCUCACACCUUUUUCUUCAUUCCCUCCUUCAUGACCCUUCUUUCCUUCUCUUUUUUGUUUUUAAUUUUCUCAACCUUAGCUUCUAAGUCUGCUCUCCUCCUUCUCCAAUCUCUUCCUCAAAUAUUCUCUCUCCUUUCUUUGCAUUCUUUCCCUUCCCUUUUCCAAUGGCAUGUGCAAAUGCAAUCCACACUAAACACCAAAAACUAGCACCAGAAAAAAACCAAGAUGACCCCAACAAGUUCUAUUACCAUUUUCUCUACAAAGCAGCCUUAGUUGCAAUCUUCUUCGUUAUCCUUCCUAUGUUUCCUUCACAAGCUCCUGACUUCAUCAACCAAUCUCUGGUAACAAGAAACUGGGAACUCCUUCACAUACUGUUUGUUGGUAUUGCAAUCUCUUAUGGCCUCUUCAGCCGUAAAAAUGAUGAGAAGGUGGAGAAAGAGAACAAUGGAACCAAGUUCGAUAACGCGCAGACGCUUGUUUCGAGGUUCCUUCAGGUGUCUUCGUUCUUCGAGGACGAAGCUGAAAUAACCCCUUCUUCUUCUUCUUCUUCUUCUUCUGAUGAAAGCACCACCACCACUACCAGCAGCAACAAAGUGCAAACUUGGAACAAUCAACACUACAGGAAGGAGCCUGUGGUGGUUGUGGCAAAUCAGCAACAACCAGCACAAUAUCACUCUAAUUUCGAAAACAAGGGUGGUGGUGGUGGUGGUGGCAGUGGCGGCUUCGCAAGUGGUGAAGGCUCGAGAAUUAUUGGGGAGAAGCCUCUGCUUUUGCCGGUUCGAAGCUUGAAGUCUCGUUUAUGUGAUGAUCCACAUGUUGAUUAUGCUGAUGAAAUUGCUAAACCUGUUAAUGGAACAACAACAAGCUCUGUGUGUCUUAAUAGAUCAAAUUCUAAUAGCAACAAGACAAUAGUGUCCAAAAGAUUCUCACCAAGUAAUUCAAUGAAGACUAGAAAUGGUGAACUUGAAGGUCCCGGUAGUCCAAGAAUUGUGGAAAACACGAAGGACAGUAAUGUUGUGCUUCCAUCUCCAAUUCCAUGGAGAUCAAGGUCAGGGAAAGAAAUUGAAACCCCAACUGCUCAGUAUCCUUCUUCAAUGGAGGAAUCUGAGUUCAACAAGGUGGAAUCAAGAUCAGUGAUGAGGUCCCAAACUUAUUCACGUUCAUCAAGAACAAGUCCCGUUUCAUCUGCAGAGUCAGUUGCAAAGAACUCUGAGAAGGUGAUGAGGAAGGUGGUGUUCUGCAAGUCUUGUCCUCCUCCGCCGCCUCCACCGCCGCCCAUGUUCCAGAAAUCAGUCUCUAUGAAACCAUCAAGGUACGGUUCUUCAUUCAGUGGAAGUGGUAGUUCCUUUGAUAAGGAAUUGAAGAGGAGCUUCACAAGUGAAGGGAGAAGAACUUUUAUUGCUGAUAAUAAUAUUAAUAAUAAGAAUAAAAUCAAGAACAUGGGUUCUUUCUCAAAGAGCAAAGAGGUCAAAGAACAAUUUGACUAUCAAGAACCAAGAAGAAAGAGUAACAAAACAGGUAUGGGAUAUGAAAAUAAAAUGUCUUUUAGAACUGACAAAUUCAUGCCAGAGGCAAAAGCUCCAACAACGGAAUUAGCAGAGGAAGAAGAAGAGGAGAAAGAAGAAAGCUUCCUAGACAAGGGGAUGAUGGAAAAUGAUCAUUAUGAUGACGAGGACGAUGACGAUGAUGAGUCCUCAGAAUAUGAAGAUGAAGAUGUUGCUAGAAAAGCAAGGAUGAUGCAGAAAGAGAAAGUGGAAAAUCUACCACCACAUGUUGAAGAAGCUUCAAAGACUGAAGAAGAGGAGGAAGAAGAAAGUGCAGCACCUUCUUCUGACGUAGAUAAGAAAGCUGAUGAGUUCAUAGCCAAGUUUAGGGAGCAAAUAAGGCUUCAGAGAAUCGAGUCCAUCAAGAGGAGUACAAGGACUACUAGGAAAUCUUCAAGGUAAAGUUAAAAAAAUAUGUUGAAGAUCCUUAUUAUAUAAUAGAGUUAUGAGAUGUUAUUAAAAAGAGUGGAUGUUUUGUUUCCACAGUUUUAUUAAGCUUGUAAUUUAAUUUGGAUUUGGAUUUGGAUUCUUCUCCUAUUUACGGAUUUACCAACUCCCAAAAAAUUUUAUAAUCACGGAUAUACUGACAUAAAUUUAA